AGUUCCUAGUAGAUAUAAUGUUGAUACCAAUACAAAUAUAUCCCCUUGUAUUGCAAAUUCCUUCAUAUAUUCUCUCUUCAAUGAAAAGAAAAACCCCACUUUGAAAAACAUGCAUAAUCUCAAGAAGAUUGUUCUACUUUUGUUCUUGGUUUCAACUUUUCUUUUAUCAACUUCAAUGGCAGGUCGCCAAUCUAAGUUCGUCAAUAUGUUGGCUGAGGAAGUUGAUGCAGCUUUUGAGGAGGAAGGUGUCGAAGGCGAAGCAAUCCAUGAACGGCUGCUUAGAGCAAAUACUAAAGACUAUGGAAGAUAUGAUCCAACACCAGCUCUUGUGAAGCCUCCUUUCAAGCUUAUACCUAAUUAAUCAAUCAUGUUGGUGCAUCAUGUAGCAAUAUAUAUGGGUAUAAAUGAAGCUUUGCCCUAUGCUUCAUUUGUGUACUUGAAGAAAAUGAAGCAAUAUAUAUAAUUAGGUAUAAUAUAUAGUAUUUAGCAAUAUUAAACCUAUAUAUAGAGAGAUAAUGUAUUAUAUAUAAUACUAAGUUUGCAAGCUUAAUGCUUCAUGAAUGUUAAAGUACAAUGAAAGACACUCAUGGCAUGUUUGGGAUAUCAUUUUAUGAUUGAAUCAUGUCGCGAUCGUGUUCGUUUAAUGUUAAAUAUUACUAUUUUAUGUUGAAA